AACGAUUACUUUGCCUCAAUUUUCAAACCAAGACCAAACUCUCACGUACCUGCGGAAACGCCCAUCUAUACGACUUCUUUGUUUCCUCUCACACUCCCUUAAUUCAUUGUACCCCCAGGAGCUCUUCCCGCUAUCCCAACCGAACUCAAAACCAGGACCGUAUACCCCACCAUGGGCGAAUCUAGGCAAGAGCUUCUGGCAUGGCUUAACAACCUGUUGCAGCUGAACCUUACCAAGGUUGAGCAGUGCGGCACGGGUGCGGCUCUCUGUCAAGUCUUUGACUCAAUCUUUAUGGAUGUCCCCAUGUCCCGUGUGAAAUUCAACGUCAAUACCGAGUACGCCUACCUUCAAAAUUUCAAGGUUCUUCAAAACGUGUUUGCUCGCCACCAGGUAGACAAGCCGGUACCCGUACAACAACUUACCAAAUGCCGCAUGCAGGACAACCUUGAAUUCCUGCAGUGGACGAAGCGAUACUGGGACCAGCACUUCCCUGGUGGUGAUUACGAUGCUGUUGCUCGUCGGAAGGCUUCGGGUGCUCCCCCUGCUCCUGCUAGUGGUUCUCGCUCAGGCGCAGCAUCGGCGGGAGCCACGCGGCGGGGAGCUACACCUACCACUGCUGCAGCUCGUCCACGAGUCGCUGCAGCAGGUGGGCCUAACGUGUCCGCCUUGCAGCAAGAGAUUGCGACUCAGAAGGAAGCUAUUGCCGGGUUGGAGAAGGAGCGGGAUUUCUAUUUUGCUAAGCUCCGAGACAUUGAGCUUUUGCUGCAAAGUGCCAUCGAGGCAGACCCCGAGUUGGAGAAGGAUGACGAUUCGUUGGUGAAGCACAUCCAAGGUAUUCUGUACUCGACAGAGGAAGGAUUUGAGAUCCCAGCUGAAGAGGGUGAGGGUGCUGCGGAUGAACUGGAGACAUUCUAAAUUCCGGUUGAGAAACGUUUGUCCGUUUUUAAUACCCCCUCAUAGUAUGACUAGCGUUGCGUGGGUGGUUUUGACCCCUCAUGUUUUGAUUGGAUUUCCUGUUACUCUCCUGAGUUGGGUCCUCGGUCAAGUUGUCGG